GUACAUUGCUCGACAGUCGCCUCCCGACUGUGGCCACGUAAUGAGGCGUCUCCAUCGCACUUUUUCAUUCGUGUCCUCUUCAUUUUUUAUGUACAGACCAAAGUGCAGCUGUUCGUCGAAUCAAAUCUAAUUGAUCAUGAAGUGGCAAUUCAAUCGUCUCGUCGAUCACUCGUCCCUGUGCGUUCGAUAUUUUUUGACAUUUCGCGGUCAUUUGACGGUGAUAUCGAUCGUUCUGAUUGGAAUCUACUUUUGGAAAAAUAUUUCGAAAUGGUGGUGGCAAAGGACUCGUUUAAUUGCGUUUGCUUCGCGACUUCCGGGGCCACGAGCCAUUCCAAUGCUUGGUAAUGCUUUGGAGUUCGCGUGCAAAACCGAGGACACUUUGGACAGAAUCGUGGAUAUUUGCUCGGCUUACGAGACACCCUUUCGCGUCUGGCUUGGACCGAAACUCUACGUCGUCGUGACGGAACCGAGGGAUUACGAGACAAUUCUUGGGAGUGGAAAAGCUGCGUACAAGGAUACGAUUUAUCGCAUUUUGGAACCAUUCGUCGGUCAAGGGCUCGUGAGUGGUUCAGGACCGAAACACAGAGCUCAUCGGAAGCUGAUAAUUCCAAUGUUGAACAACAAAUCAUUGUCAGUUUAUCUGCGUUACUUCGAUCGACACUCGCGCACUUGUGCCGAUCUUUUGGAGAGAGAAAUCGGCGCCGGUGAAUUUGACAUUUCGUCGUACAUGGCUCAUUGCACAAUUGACAUAAUGCUGGAUACGAUCUUCGGAUCGCCAGGAACGACGCAGAAAAAUGAUUACAAAGAACUUGCUUACUGGACCGAAAGAAUGUACGAAAUCGUCCACGCUAGAAUGACGAAAAUUUGGCUCUACUACGACAGCUUAUUUUUUCUCACCAAGUUGGGCAAAGAUCACAAUAAAGGGGUUGAAACGAUUCGUAGCUUCGCGGAGAAUGCAAUUGUCCGAAAGAAAGCUGAGCACUACGAGUUCGAAAGGGGAGAAAAAAAUCCUGAGAGACCUCGUGUCAUGGUGCUGGAACAAUUGAUAGCUCACGUUAAUAAAUUCAACGACAUGGACGACGUUGAACUUCGCGAUGAAAUCUACACUGUUUUUACUGCAGCUCAAGAUACGACGGGAGUCAUCAGUUCGUUCGCAUUUUUGAUGCUAGGAAUGCACCCCGCUGUACAGGAGAAAGUUCGAAACGAAGUGAAUGCAGUACUUGGGGAUGAGGCGAUCGACGAGGACCACAUUCCGAAAUUAAAAUAUCUAGAAAUGGUUAUUCGAGAAACCAUACGACUGUUUCCAAUCGCGCCUCUGAUGGUUCGACAACUGAAAGGCGACAUUGUUCUCGAGUCUUGCACAUUACCUGAGGGCUGCUCGGUGCUCAUGGUGCCCUUCGUAACUCACAGAAAUCCAAAAUUUUGGGACGAACCUGAUAAAUUCAUUCCUGAGAGGUUUCUUCCCGAAAAUUCUGAAGAACGACACCACUGUGCAAAUGUUUCGUUCAGCGGGGGUCCCAGGGGAUGCAUAGGUGGGUCAAAUGACGUUUCUCUAGUCGGUCACUCGCAUGUGAAACAUAAUUUUAUCACAAAAACCAUGUUUCUCCUUCCAGGACAAAAAUUCGCCAUCAUUUGUUUGAAGACGAUCGUGGCGAACGUGAUAAGACGCUAUAAACUUUCGUCAUCGCUGAAAUACGAAAAUCUUCGACUGAAAACUGAUAUAUCCGUUCGAUCACGAGAUGGUUACAAAUUAUCGAUAACUAAAAUCGAUUGAGAAUUCGUUCCGGUUGCGUGAUGGACGGUGAAUUAACGAUACUUGAAAAAACAGAGGCAAAAGCUGUUGAGCGAACAAAUCUGUCGAUUUUUGUCUAUAUAUAACUUAUUAGCUGUACAUUGAACAAAAUUUGCUUACUCUUCGCUGCAAUAAUAAAAUACUGAAAGCAGAAAAAUGUUCAUCAUUAAAUAUUUGAGAAUUCAUUAGAAUUACAGUUUCGUUGAAAAUCAAUUUGAAGUUGAUCAUUCGACAUUCAAUGAGAAAAUAAAAUUUAAGGAAAAAAGUUCCUCGGUGGGAAUGACUCUAGCCAAAUAGCAGACCGAAAUUCGAGGACUAUUAUACGAAAUUCCAGAUAAUAAAUUUACAAUUCAAAAUGAUGAAAAAAACGAGGAAUGUGUUUGAAAAAAAGUAUUUAAAAUAUUUGUAAAGUCUUACAAUUACCAGUGACAACAGCAGUCAGUGGUGAACGACAAUGCAGUAUCGGGGCGAGCUUCAUAUUGGUUUCCUAUGGGUUUUUUUUGCCCUUUAAUUCAUCCUGACGAUAUUUCACUCGUUACUGAGCAUGCAGAACAUCAAGAAUUUCUUCCCUCAGAAUAUAUUAAAAACUUGUUUGCCUUGUAUCCCGAAAUUGUAAAAAGAGGGAAUUUGUGCUGGGGCACUAAAAGUUAAACUGCGAGUAAACUGAGAAUCAAUGUACAAAUGUAUUUUAAUUUUUAAUUUUUAAUUUCUAAUCGUAAUCGUAAGCUUAAGUUAAUACAAAACAAAAUAUGUAAAACAUUGGAAAAAUGUGGUAAAACCUCGUGGUACGUGUAAACUGUGCCAUAUAUAAUUUGGCAAUUUGUAAUAGGCCAAACGCCUCAAUGUAAAUAAACUCAUAUAAACGCUACAAGCGUUUAGAUGGGUGAACAUGACGUAAACGCAACCAGCGUCACCGCGUUCACUUGAAAUCGAACACGUUUUAGCGUCAUGAGCGUUAUUAACGCUGCCAGCGUCCAAGUAGAAUGUACCUAAAAAUUUAACCUAACAUCCGAGUCUAGUUCCAAAUAUGUUAACACAGAUGUAGCUACGGUCGUUUUCUUCGAUAAAGAAAAAAGAUACGACGACAAAGAUUCUCAACUUUGUUGACAGUCGAGUAAAGACACAUUUACAUCUUUACCAGAAACAUUUCAACCAAAAUUUGAUUGCACAACUAUACCACAUAUCAACUCUGCAGAACAUUCUAUUCGUAAAUCUAUAAAUCGCAACGACUGUAUCAUGAAAAUAAAUAAUAUGAAAAUAUUA